AUUUUCUGUUCAAAUCUUUGCAACGCGUUAACAACUUUAGACGAAAAUAUUGUAUUUCUUAAAUACCAAAAUGAGCUGUUCUGGCUCAAAGUGGUUUAAUCCAGCACAGGUUUUUGCUCAGUUUACAACGUCAAGUGAUAAAGAAGGCAGUAAUAAUUCUCCUACAGGCAGACACGGUGAAAAAAAUAACACAGAGGAAAACAAAGUCAACAGACGAGAGAUACAAAUAACUGAAUCUGCCGAGAUAUCUCUUCCUCCUGAUAAGGCUAAAGUAUCUAUUACUUGUGUUAACUCUAAGGAGACAGUAGAUGAUGUGAAGACAAGUGUCAACAGAAGAGUAGAUUAUAUACUACACACCCUAAAGUCCUACCAUAUCAAAGAGAAUUCCUACAAGAUCAAUAGAAUUCUUUCCAGAUCAGAGAAUAUUUACAAAUAUGAAGUGGAGAUUGUUGUGGAGUUCACAGACUUUCUCAAAUGUGAAGAGAUUUGUAACCUCCUCGUUGAGAAGUUGGAUAACACAGUCAGCGUCUCAUCCCCCGUGUUUUUUCAUUCUCCAUCAAAAUUAGAAUCUCAAAGAUGUCAAGCUUGCGUGAGUGCUGUAAAAAAUGCCAAAACCAAAGCCUUACAAGUUGUACAGAUGUUUAACCAGAUAUUAGGGCCACCUAUAACUAUUAAAGAAGAUAGAUAUGAGGAAUAUGUUGGGCCUGUAGGGGAAAAUAUCCAAGGAGACAGUGAGAAACAGGACAGGCAGGUUCAGUCAUACAGUGAUAAAAUCACUAUGGCAACAGUUACUGUUUGUGUUAAAGUGUUUGUUGUUUUUGAAAUUAAGGAAAAGACAAAGAUUCAUAAAAGAAGAAAAUAGCUAAAGUAGACAGAGACAUUUAGUAUUUAUUUCAUUCAUACCUAGAAAGAACCAAUUUUUUGUAUUGCAGGGCUUAAAAUAAUGGCUGGUGAGUCUCCUGUCAUGAUCAUCAGCCAAAUUAUUUUCAUCUUGGUAGUACCUUGUUUCUGGCUGACAAUUAAUGACUGCAUGGCUGUUAUGUUAAGCCCUGAUUUGUUAGAGUGCAAACAAUAUGAUCGUGAAACUUUAGUAAUACUAAAUAGUACAAUUUCAUGCAAAUUCCAUUGUUUUCUAUUGUUUAAUUAGCACUAUUUUGUACUAUUUAGUAAUUGUGUUUCACGGAUUAAUUGUUUGCACUCUUUGUAACAAAUUAAUUUGUUAAGUUAUCAUGUGUACAUUCCUACUGUGGCAGGCAGUUACUUGUACAAAACUAACCAAUCAUAAUAAUGAAUGAAUACAAAGCAAUCCAACCGAGCCAAUAGACCCCUUCACAGUUCCCUGUGCCAUCUUGAAAGGUAGCCGUGCCUUUGCAUUGAAGCAAGACGAACGGUGAGCUUGCAA